CGCCUCCUCCACCAGCCCCGCCCCUUUUGCCUGGAGUCCAGCUCCGGUGCUGCUGGGAGCAGUCUGCCUGCGAGUCUUCGGCACUGAUUUUGGCCACGGAUUACAGGAUUCCGCAAGCAAGAACAGUCUCCCAGUCAGAGCUGGGCAGGUAGGAACCAAGAGAGUGGCUACAAUGACGUCAGCAGUUCUGGUGGACAUCCGCGAUGAGGUCACCUGCCCUAUCUGCUUGGAGCUCCUGACAGAACCCCUGAGCAUAGAUUGCUGCGGUCACAGCUUCUGCCAGGCCUGCAUCACAGGAAACAGUGACAAGUUAGUGCUCAACCCAGAAGGGAAGAGCAGCUGUCCUGUGUGCCGGACCGCCUACCAGCCCGGGAACCUCCGGCCUAAUCGACACCUGGCCGUCAUAGUGAAGAGGCUCAGAGAGGUCGUUUUGGCCCCGGGAAAGCAGCUGGAGGUCAUUCUUUGUGCAGUUCAUGGAGAGAAACUCCAGCUUUUCUGCAAGGAGGAUGGGAAGUUAAUUUGCUGGCUUUGUGAGCGAUCUCAGGAGCACCAUGGUCAUCACACGUUCCUCAUGGAGGAGGUGGCCGAGGAGUACCAGGAGAUGUUCCAGGAGUCUCUGAAGAAGCUGAGGAAGGAGCAGCAGGAAGCUGAGAGGCUAAAAGCUCUUAUCCAAGAGAAGAGGGAAUCCUGGAAGAAUCAGGUAGAGCCUGAGAGACACCGGAUCCAGACUGAAUUUAAUCAGCUGCGGAGCAUCCUGGACAGGGAGGAGCAGAGGGAACUGAAGAAACUGGAAGCGGAAGAGAGGAAGGGGCUGAGCAUCAUAGAGAAGGCUGAGGGGGACCUGAUCCACCAGAGCCAGUCACUGAAAGAUCUCAUCUCAGACCUGGAGCACCGGUGCCAGGGGUCUGCAGUGGAGCUGCUGCAGGAUGUGAAUGAUGUCACAAAAAGGAGUGAGUUCUGGACCCUGAGGAAGCCCCAAGCUCUUCCCACCAAGCUGAAAAGUUUGUUUCGAGCCCCAGAUCUGAAAAGGAUGCUGCGAGUCUUUAGAGAGCUGACAGACGUCCAAAGCUACUGGGUGGACGUGACCCUGAAUCCACAGACGGCUAAUUUAAAUCUUGUCCUGGCUAAAAACCGGAGGCAGGUGAGGUUUGUAGGUGCCAAGCUCUCCGAGUCUUCCUGUCUGGAAGAACAUUUUGAUUGUAGUGUCCUGGGUUCUCAGCACUUCUCCUCAGGAAAAUACUACUGGGAGGUGGACGUGACCAAGAAGACGGCUUGGAUCCUGGGUGUAUGCAGUAACCCGGUGGAACCCAUGUUCUCUUUCAGCCAGUAUCCCAGCAAGCAGAGUGCCCACUCCAGGUAUCAGCCCCAGAGCGGAUACUGGGUGAUUGGGUUGCAACAUAAGCAUGAGUACAGAGCCUAUGAGGACUCCUCCACCUCCCUGCUCCUCUCCAUGACAGUGCCCCCUCGCCGCGUAGGGGUUUUCUUAGACUAUGAGGCUGGCACUGUCUCCUUUUAUAAUGUCACAAACCAUGGCUUGCCCAUCUACACCUUCUCUAAGUAUUACUUUCCUACUGCCCUUUGUCCAUAUUUCAAUCCCUGCAGCUGUGUCGUCCCCAUGACUCUGCGUCGCCCAAGCUCUUGAGGUCUAGCACCCCUGCCUGCAGCUGAGCAGGUUCCUGCAAACACAUGCCGUUCCUCCGGGAGCCCCCGUUCUCUGUGUCCUUGUGGGACAACGUCCCACUGCUUAUAGUGAAUUCUCUUGACAGGUCUUAUGGGAAACUUUUUAACAUUUCUCUGUUAAUCAUUUAAUCGUUAUCUUUUGUUGUUGUUUGUUUUUCAGACAGGGUUUCUCUGUGUAGCCCUGGCUGUCCUGCAACUCACCCUGUAU